UCAGGACAAGGGAGCCGAGAAAGCCAAGUGUUCUUGCCAAAAGGACAUUUUGGACCGCAAAAAUGAGCCAUUUACCGACAUGCAUAUUAGCUGUCACGGUGGUCCUUUUAAUGGGAGUGGAUUUUAUAAACGGGCAAUAUUCUGCAGUCACCAUCCCAGGUCAUAAAAUCAAAAUAGUAGGUUGUUAUGUAGAGAACCCAGCCAAAAGGAAUAUCCCUGUUACACUGUUCAGUGACUCAAGUGCAAAUUCAAAAACAAAGAUUGAUUACAAGAAUUUCAAGGCGUACAUUCUUAAAGCUAUUCAGAGAUGUGCAGCAGCGGCUAAACUAAAGAAAUACGGAUUUUUCGCCAUGAACAACGUAGGAGAUUGUGUUUCCGGCAAAGUCUCCGCCACUUAUGCCAGGAGCGGGUCUUCAGCGAAUUGCAAAAAUGCAGCGGGCGCAAAGUGCAACAACAAGGAAGACUGUGUGGGUGGUGAUAAUAAGGCUAAUUAUGUUUACAAGGUGGAAAUGCUCCCAACCACGCCGACUACAAAACCGACAACAAAGAAGACGACGAAAGCAGGAACAGGUGCAACUGCACAACCUAAGGCUGGAUCCGCCGCCCAACUAAGCGCUUUGAUUUGUCAGAAUUACGUGGUUGCCAUCAAAGCUUCUGCUGCAGGUAGCCCAAGCAAACCAGCUAUCCCCACCCCCUCUAAGAAACCCACUGUGGCGGGAAAAUCUACAGGUCCAACGGUGGCAACACCUACUACAUCUGCAAAGGCAUCAGGUCAAUCAGCCAUUGAGGCCAAAGUAAAAAACCUUUACCGUGGAUAUACUUGCCUCGUUUGCUUAAGGACGCUAAAUACAAGUUCAUCAACAGUGUAUCUUAUGCUGCAAUUCAGUUGCCAAGGACAACAUUUGCAGAAACUUGUGGCAGGAAUUGGUGCCAGUAACAUCGUCAAAGCAGAAUGCUACCCACCGCCCUGCACCACAGCAAUGUCCCCUUGCCCUCUUCCCUGUGGAAUGAACUCAUGCCCCAUGUCACCAGCCUCAUCGUAUCCAUCAAUUUGUCCAGCGACUUUACCAGCACCUGCUCCACUUCCAGCACCCCCACUAGCCCCUCCACAGUGCCCGGCACCUUGCCCGACAAGGUGCGCUCCAGCAUGCAAUUCCCUCUGCUGCCGGUCCAUGGUUCGACAAAAAAGCAUAACAGGAGAAGCUGCCAAGAAAUCGUCGACGAAGGAAGCUGACGAUUUUGAUGACGAAGAUGACGACGCAGAGGACGAUGAACAAGAUGAAGAUGAUGAUGUCGAAGAAAAUGAUGACUCUGACAUUGAUGAGACUAACUAAGACAUGAUCCAUUUCUUAAAUGCUGCGUUCUAUUGUUUUAUAUCAUUAUUGAUAAUACAACUAUCCUCGUGCAGAUACGCAAUGAAGGAUUUAUGUGUCUUUAAGAACCGUGGAGUAAAUUCCUUGAAAGAACGAAAUGAAAUCAAAGUAACUAAAGAAAAGUGCCCUCCAGCCAAGGAAUGGAGGUUUAUUUGUAAAGAUUGGAAGAGACGUCUUAUCCCAUUCUGAAAAUCUGAUUUAUUUCCCAAUGCUCUUAUUUUGAAUGCCAGGCGUCAAAUCACCUUCAAUACCAGCUUAAAGUUAAGUGUAACUAUAAACUAACCUUUCUUGAAUAAUACGAUGCAUCGAGUUAUCUAGUUGGUAUGUCUAGGGAUAUUGAUUCAAAAGGCGGUGUUUUCCAAAUCACAAGGAGAUAAUGAAUAAAUAAGUGUAAGAUAUUAACUAACUUUGAUGGAAAUUAGGUAUAGGGAAGGAAA